AUGGUAGUGAUGGUUGAAGAUUACGCUAAAGAUGAUCCGCGAUAUUGGCGUGUUGAAUGCGAUGACGAGACCAAGCCACUGGGUGAGCACUUGGAUUUCUUGAAGCAGAGGUUUCAGAAUCUUAAUUGGAUCCCUCAUGUUCAGAAGGUGGGAUCGUGGCCAGUGAUAUUAGAAUGGUAUGACGAAGUGUGGGGUGAUAAGAAGGGCAAGGCGAUGCGCGAGAUUUAUCUCAAGCAUGGGUGA